CCUUUUCGACUUCACACAACAGACGAGGAAUACUUCAGAACAUCCGUUGUACUAGCGAUGAAGUAUCUUUUAAACUGCCUGACUCACGUAUCCUUACUUUCCGGAAACUCCAACAAUAACCUAUCCUGUAGUUAUUUUGUCAGUUUCCGUGGACACUCAGUUGUUUCUGUGUUUAUUUACGUGUAAAAUGAGCCAGGACCAUUUAUCAGCAUUAAUCGAGAUUUCUAAAAAAUUGAAACUAAAACCAAGACAUGAUAUUGAAUCCAUUAAGAAUUCUUGGUUAAUGAAACCUCUUCGACGGGCAUCUAACAGCAACUUAUUGGAAGAAAUAACCGAAUAUGCUAUGCGCAGGAGAGGAUCGCGCGAUAAUGUUUUGGAUGGAGCAGACGUUUCGGCAGUUGCGAUGAGGAAGAAAUUCUCGUGCAGUCGAGGAUCUCUUGCUGACGUCACGGAAUGUGUAGAAAGUGAGAAAAACACAACUAAUGACCCUACUUUUGGAAUGUCAAUUGGUGAAAAACUGCAAUACGUUUUGCGAACAUUAAAUGAAAUCCGACAAGAAGAUCAAAUAAUUGCCAGAAAAUUUCUUCACAUUUAUGCAGAAAUUAAAAAAUCUAAAGUAAGACAGUCCUGUAUGAUACAUCAAGAAAUGUUGGAUGAAGUGUUUAGUCUUGAACACGAUCACGUGAAAUUACCUCAUGUGUGUGAUGCACCAGUCAACAAAAGGAGUAGUCAGGCCUUGCAACAGUGUGGAGUCACGCGGAUGAAUAUCAAAUCUAAAAGAUUUUCAUGUUCCUGAUCCAUUGAAACUGUAUUGUAACAUUCUAACAUUUACAAAAAUAAUCCCUUAUGGUCUGUCAAAUCUGUGAUACAUCUUUUAAGGAAAAAAAAGCCCUGCAACAGUGUGAAGAUGUGGAAGAAUAUUAGGUCUAAAAGAUCACUAUGUCCUGAGGCAAUGUAAUUAGAAACAGAAAUUUUACAUGUCAUCAAUACUAGCAUAAAAUCGAAUUUAAAGUAGUACAGACCUCUAAAUCAUCAGAUGUUGGAUCAGGUGCUAUGGAUAAGUAAGCAUCCCCUAUGGACCUAUCACACACGCCAUGUGUUCCUUGUCAUGCGAGACAUGAAACCCAUAUGAAGGAUAAAAGAAAACAUUGCUACACAAGUUGACGACAGAAAAAUCAUAAUGUCAUUACUUUUAUCAUUAAAUAAAGUUUACUUGUAAGAUU